GUCACACGCUGCUGAGCUCGUUCAGCGCCAGUGGAGGCAAGAAGGGCAGCGCCAAGAAGCAGUCGAGCCAAAAUUCUGGCGUUGAACUGGGCACUGACUCUGCUGACGGCGUUGACUACGACUGGCUGCCCGAACAUCUCAAGGCUGAACUCAAGAGGCAAUCUCUUAUGACCCGCAACGGCUCAGCCACAAAAACACGGAAAAGCAAUCAAAGCGAGAGAUCUGUAUCUGAACCCUCCAAGAAGUCCGCCAUCACAACCUCCGUCAGAUCAGCGCCCAAGCAAUCGUCUGCUAGACUCAGGAAGAUCUAAGCUAACUGGUGCACAGCUACACCUUCACCAUUAGUUUACUUCACAUCAGUGACGUUUUGCGUUCCGCUCGUAAAUUGUUUGUGUUGUUGCUUCCGAGUUCCGAGAAACAGUUGGUGAUUUUUCUGCUUUCUUAGAGAAUAUCUGUGAGUGAAUGGGCGACAGUCACACCUGAUCUUCAGUUUGUGUGAUGGAAUGACACCCAUGCAAUUUAAUGAAUUGGUGGCAUGUAUUGGUCGUGUAGCAUUCCCUUUAGUUUUGUUUAUUUUCCUAGAUGAGACGUUCAUCUAAAUCGUAUGUGGUCAGAGUUUUGAGCAAGUAUGAUUCAAAGCAAGAAAUGUAUGAUUAUUAGAAUACAUUGACGUUGAUUAGCUCUGAAAAGCUCGCAUUUAAUUUAAACAUUUUCGUUCAUUACUGGCGUGAUCAAUUAGUGUGACUCUCUCCUUUAAGAUUUCCUAUCUCAGUUCUUAUAAUAGAAAGAUAUGAAUAGAGCUGUUCACAAAAUCACAUGGUCAGUUGAGGCCUAUUAUGUUAUAUGAUAUUAAGAUGAACAAUAUUCAAACUCUGUUUACUUAAUGGCUUCAUCUGCUCACCUUCUUUUGACGUUAAAAUUUUUCUGGAAGGGGACUAGUUUUCUUUCUUUGCAUUUUUAAUGUUUGUAAAUACUAUAAACAUGUUUGCCCAUACUUUUAUUCAGUUCAAAGUUAGAGACCGUGACAUUUAUUCAAUUUGUAAAAUUGUGUUUGAUUCACAUCGCGUUGUGAAUCUUGUUGUUUCUUACUUGUUUUAAAAGAAUUUUGCGUUCUCGAUGUAUUUGUUAGCCAUUCUCUAAAUUUUCCCACUAUUGACGCUAGAGUACCGUUUCAAUUUAGCAUGUAUGUAUAUAAGAUUUAGGCUUCUGAAUGUUGUGAUCAAGCUCUUGUCGGGCUGUGGAGUGUCGGUUCUUUUUUAUUUAAUGAAAUAUUUAACGUAAUUAUUUUAGUACCUCCUGUCUGCAUUCGAGUCUCGUAGCGUCCGUGAAAUUGUUUGUAUCCCGCGUUGAAUGGAGUUAGUUCUACGUGCUCGCAGACACGUGAUGUGCGUUGUCGGCCUCGUGUUGAGAGAGCUUAUUCCUCUCCCGUUAUGUUUUAGAUCAUAAUGGUAUUUUCAA